UCUCUGAACCCCUGCAUGCUCUGCACACUGAACAGCAGCAGUUUAGCCAAACCCAAAGCUGAGCUCUGGAACAGGUCCGUCCUGUGGAGCACAGAGCCCUCCCAGCACCGGGGAGCCGGGGCAGCGCCAGCAGCGCCUGCCCAGCCCUGGGCAUGGAAACGCUCCCCUGCUCCAGCGCAGCUCCUGUGUGCCCGGGCCGGCUCCCAACAGGGAACAAAACAGCGCAGUUCAUCUCUCUGUGUGUCUGCCCGGGUGCAAGGAUCAUUAAGUCGUGGAAUCACAGAAUCACAGAAUGUUGAGCGGUUGGAAUGGACCUUAGAGAUCAGCUUGUCCCAACCCCCUGCCUGGGCACGGACAGCUCCCACACGGUUGCUCAAGGCUUUAUCCAGCCUGGCCUUGAGCACUGCCAGGGUUGUGGCAUCCACAACCUCUCUGCGUUCCAGUGUCUACCACCCUCGGGCCAAGGAGCACAUCCAGGAGAUGAAGAAAGAGCUCGAUUCGCUUUUGCAGACGGCGGAGAAGGCGUUUGCGGUGGAGCUGCUGACGAUGCCGGCCGCCGUCAGGAAGAUGAAGAGGAAAGAGGUGCUCGCUGGAAAUUGUAGGGGCUACACAGAGAUCAAACCUGAACCUCUUGAAGAACUUGAGUUUACUGUGAGCCUGAGUUUGCAAGGACGGGAGGAAGUGGCUCUUGCUGCUGCAGCGACUGACUGCUCUGUAGAAGACAUGCCAAAUCCCAAACUGGUGAGGACCAACAGCAAGAAAGUUAAGGUAACUACAAUUGUUGAAUAUGAAGAUGCCAAGCACAGUUCUGCAAAGAAAAUAACUAAAAAAAUUUCCAAAACCAGGUCGCUGGUUUCACUGGCCUCUGGUUUAAGUGGCAAACUGAACUCUCUUUCUAGUGCCACAAAUCUCAAAGCCACUCCAAAGGGAGCUAAAAGUGCUGGAUUACAACAGACUGUCUCAAGAACUUUACCUCCGAGUGGAAGAGUUCAAGGCAUGUUGAAGAGAAGUAAAUCAGUACCCCAACAUAAAAGUGUUCCAUUUGUCAACAUUCCCCUGGCUGAUGGACAGACACUCUGUACAGCUGGUGGAGACCUCCGUAAUAUUGAUGUGCAGCUCCUAAAUCAGGAUACAGUACAGCACAUCCAUAACCUGGUGAGUGAGCUGACUGUACUGUGUGGAAAGGUAACACCUAAACCAAGUUAAUGGAACUGUCUUGUGACUACAGAACACUGGUGACUGCUCUUGCCUGCUGCCUCCAAAGUGUUGAAAUCCUGUCUAUUAUGUCUUAAUAAAGCUGUAUACUGCCCAGUAAAUGUUUAUAUAAGCUUUUAGAUCAUGUGAUGUGUCUUAUUAAGUUCCUGUUAUGAAGGAUACCAAAGCAGAAGAAAAUUUCUUCUUUAUAAAAGGCUUAGGUUGGAUUUUAACUAAGUUCACAGCAAAAUGAACAGUAAGAGGCUGUAUAUAAGAAAUAAGUUUCUCUAAUAUCAACUGACAAACUGAAAUACAAGGUAUUAAAUUUUUAGCAUCUUGUAGGUAUGUGGUAGCAUAUAUGAAUCUAACACAGAAAUAAAAUUUAUUUACAAUCUUA